UGUGUCUACAGGAUUUUUCUACAAACAACAACAGUGUCUUUGCAAACGUCUUCAGUUUGCAAAACUGACUUUUGACUGAUUUUCAACUGAACUGCUAUAGGAUAUGUUUGGCUUGUUUGUUUUUUGCUGUUUGUCAUGUCUGAUUGUGUUUGCUGAUACAGAUGCAGUGAUGUCAGUGCCAGCAAUGAAGGGAGAUCCAGUCACUCUAGAAUCUGGUAUUACUGAAAUACAGACAGAUGAUCUGAUAACAUGGAAGUUUGGACAUUCAGAGACUCUAAUAGCUACAAUUAAUAAAAUCUCUGGAAGCUUCUCUACGUCUCCUGGUGAUGCUGUGGGAUUCAGAGACAGACUGAAGCUGGAUCAUAAGACUGGAUCUCUGACCAUCACAAACACCACAAGUUCAGACUCUGGACUUUAUCAAUUAUCCAUCAGAAGCAAGAGAAAGACCACAUACAGAUUCAAUGUUACUGUCUAUGAUCGUUUGCCUGUUCCUGCGAUCAACAGGAACUCUCCACAAGAUCCUUCAUCAUCACAGCAGAAUUGUUCAUUGUUGUGUUCAGUGGUGAAUGUGAGUCACAUGACUCUCUCCUGGUACAAAGGAAAGAGUUUGUGGUCCAGCAUCAGUGCAUCUGAUCUCAACAACCGUCUCUCUCUACCUCUGGAGAUUAAGUGCCUUGUUGAUUCCUACAGUUGUGUGCUGAAUGAUUCAUUCUUCAAUCAGACGACACAUCUCAACAAUGAUCUCUGUCAAUCAUGUCCAGUUACAGCAUCAAGCACAGAGUCUCCUCCACAAUCUUCCUCACAGUCACCAUUAAAGUCCUCUUCACAAACUCUCUCACAAUCAACUCCUUCACACCAUUCAGACUCUGUAUCUGUGGUAGUGCCAAUCUCUGCUGCUGCUGCUGUUGCUGGAUCUCUUUUGACUGUAGCUGCAGUUGGGAUGAUCUGGACCUGCAGAAAACACAAAAAAACUGAUCAAGAAGAGAGGUAA